AUGGUUGCCCUAAUUUCAAAGAAGAGAAAGCUAGUCGCUGACGGUGUCUUUUACGCCGAAUUAAACGAAUUCUUCACCAGAGAAUUGGCUGAAGAAGGUUACUCCGGUACUGAAGUUAGAGUUACUCCAACCAAGACUGAAAUUAUCAUCAGAGCUACCAGAACUCAAGAUGUCUUAGGUGAAGGUGGUAGAAGAAUCAACGAAUUGACCCUUUUGGUUCAAAAGAGAUUCAAGUACAAGCCAGGUACCAUUGUGCUUUACGCUGAAAGAGUUCAAGAGCGUGGUCUUUCCGCCGUUGCUCAAGCUGAAUCCAUGAAAUUCAAGUUGUUGAACGGUUUGGCUAUCAGAAGAGCUGCUUACGGUGUUGUCAGAUACGUUAUGGAAUCUGGUGCUAAGGGUUGCGAAGUUGUCGUUUCCGGUAAAUUGAGAGCUGCUCGUGCUAAGUCUAUGAAGUUCGCUGACGGUUUCUUGAUUCACUCUGGUCAACCAGUUGCUGACUUCAUCGACACCGCUACUAGACACGUUCUAAUGAGACAAGGUGUUUUGGGUAUCAAGGUUAAGAUCAUGAGAGACCCAGCUACUACUCCAAGUGGUCCAAACGCCUUGCCAGAUGCUGUCACUAUUGUCGAUCCAAAGGAAGAAGAACCAAUCUUGGCCCCAUCUGUCAAGGACUACAGACCAGCUCCUCAAAAGGUUGAAGAAGAAGGUGCCGAAGGUGCUGCUGCCGAGGCUGCUGCUUAA